AUGGCCUAUCCUCAGCAACACUUGAAACCUGAAAAGAGACCCAUGGACGAUGAGCAUAGCGACUUUGACUCCACUCUACCGGAGAGACCUGAAAACUUCCAUGGGAGCAUGCCUAGGUUGUGGAAUCCAAUGCAUCAGUUUGUAACUUAUCCAACGGGCGUUUCAGUUCCUGUCGAGCAUCAAUUCAACUUCAAUGAUCAUCACGACUUGCCAAUACCGCAGCAGCAACCUCCUGCAAAUGAUACGGCCUAUGUGUACCCUUCUGAACUUAUUGGUCACCCCGGGACUUUCCUCCCAGAGCGUAACGCAUUCUCGACACCAACUCCGGAAUUCACUAUCCCAGGAUCUCAACGUACGCCCUCUGGCUCAACUAUCGUCGAGCCAAGUGUUGUGUACGACGAAACGGGGAGGUCAUAUCAGGCGUUUCGCGAGGGAAAGUAUUUCUUACCGAAUGAUGGGGACGAGCAGGAUCGCCUGGACUUUCAGUACGAAGGUUUUAGCAUUCUCAUGGAUAGGAAAUUGUUUCUUGCUCCAUUGACGCGGGUUCCAGAGCAUGUCAUUGAUGUGGCGACUGGGACUGGGAUCUGGGCUGUUGACUUUGCUAAAGCAUUCCCGUAUACGCACGUCGUUGGUACGGAUCUAAGCGCGAUACAACCCACCAAUAAGCCCGACAACUGCGAAUUCUUUGAAGAGGACUCCGAGGAACCGUGGGUCUAUGAUUUCAAGUUCGACUACGUCCACCUCCGCAUGGUCUUCACUUGUUUCGACAAUCCAAAGCGCAUUAUCGAGAAUGCCUACCACCACAUGAAGCCGGGGGCAUGGAUCGAGUUCCAAGAUGGAUCAGCUGAGGUCAGCAGCUUUAGCGAGACGUUUGAAGGCACGGCGUUGCAGCAGUGGGGUGUUGGGCUCAUCAACGGCGCCGCAGCUAUGGGCAGAGACAUUCAGAAGGGGAAAAAGUGGAGGCAGUGGUUGAUUGAAGCAGGGUUUGUGGACGUAGAAGAGCACCCGGUGCAGUUUCCCGUCAGUGGCUGGCCUGACGAUCCAAAGUUCAAACUGGCAGGAAGCUACAUGGCCCGCAACAUUUCCGACAAUCUCAAGGGUCUAAGCUGGAAGAUGCUCGGAGGCAUGGGCAUGGCGCCGGACGAAAUCGAGUCCUUCUUGGAGCGGGUCAAGGUUGAUGUCCUCACUAGGAGUCUAAAACCGUAUCUACAUUUCUUUGUCGUGUAUGGCCGCAAGCCCUUUGAUGGCGAGGUCGUUCCAGCAAGUCAAUAA